AAUGGGUGCUGAGGAGAGAUAUACGCAAGCCGCAUCCCGUUCAGUGCCCUUGCUGAUAUAUGGAGAUUCCGACUGUUCAUGAGCAAUAACCAGAGGAGAGUGAAGAUGCGAGAUAAGCAGCUGCUGCAGCAUGAGACGCCAAUUUUCAGGAAUGGAAACUGAUUUAUUUGGUACUAGUAGAAUCCUCUUUGCCUUGUUGGAGAAAGAGGGCGUAACCAUCAUUAGAGAGCUAGAAAGUGAAGGUUCUGUUCAGAAGCUAGCUAAAAUACUGCUGAAAGCUAGUGGGCGAAGGCUUUUGAACGACACCUUGAUAGAUCCAAUGGACAAGUAUUCCGAACAAUAUAGCAAGGAAUCACUUCGGAGAACAAUCAUGGAACAUGAUGAGGUCUUCAGACAACAGGUGCACGAACUGCAUCGGCUAUAUAGUGUACAGAGAUCACUGAUGGCUGAAUUAGGUGGUGAGAAGCACAGUUUCCAAUCCAGAACAGAAGAAACUAGAGAAAUGAUGCAGGGCCACAGGUCAAACCUGAAGAAUAGUCCCUGUACAUCAGAGACCAGCCAAUCUGCUCGUCUUGCUGGUGCACAAUACUCUGCUCCUAGACAAGUACCUGAACAUUUUUUUCUUCAAGAAUGCAAGCCCGUGUCAUGCUUAAACCUCUUCAACGAAGAAACCUCGAGAAGCCAAGAAGGAAGACCAGAAAGCAGUAAAUCAGUUCAAGAUGAAAGUUGGAGCGUUUCUAUGGAAAGUGAUCUUGACCUCAAGCUAACCAUUGCGCCCAGUUCACAUGAAACAAAAGCACCACACUGGCUCUUCUCAGAUAACAGGGAAAGAAAACCUUCUGGUCAUCAUCGAUGACAACUGGCAUCUUAGAUCAGUUAGUUAUACAUGGAACAAGAAGCAAUGGGAUCAACACCUAGGAAGACAGAGUAUCCUAACAAUGGACCACAACACUUCCAAGCUAUCUCACAAGAAAUCAUAUCUCCCUGACAUGCUGCCCUGAAAUUUUGAUCCAAACUAUGCCUCGGUCACUGGUCACAAGUAACCUGUAUGCAAAAGUAUAAAGCUUCUCACUUCUCAGGUUAUCAAGCACAAGAACUUGCUAGGAGCACGCCAAUCUAGUGUGAAGAUAGCAAACAUUGGCAGCAAUUCAUUUCUUAUUUUUCUUCCCACUAUUACUCAGACUGAAAGAGACAAGAACGAGUAGGAAAUUACUAGACUUCCGUCCUCCUGCAAUACGUAUAUUUACCAAUGCCCUGAAAGGAGUUUUGGCUAACCUACCAUGCGCAGUGCUUUGUUAUUUGCAUUCUUGUUUAUCUGCAUCACCCAUGUAAGUUCACGUACAGAAGUUCAGAAUGAUUGUGGGACCUUUUGCAAUCAAACACCAAAGUUCCUAUUCUGCCA